AUGUUUAAUGGGGCUUUUCUCCACCGAUUGCGGCGGAACUGCAAUGCCGGUGACGCUCUCCGUGAGUGUGACCCUCAACUGACACAGCUAGUCGAUGCUGUCUUUGAGGAUGUGCUAUUGUAUCCGAGCCAGCAUCCGAAUGUGGUGUCAUCUGCCUCAGCAACUUCCAGCGAAAUCAUAACAGGAGACAUAAGAGCUCGGUCUGGUUGGUCUGCUCCGAAAGUGGACCAGCAUGCCCUUGUAAGCAGUUUUCUUACUCGCUCCAAGUCUGCCCGCUUGAUCAAAAAUAUAGUCACGUGGCUCGAACAAACAUAUGUUCCUACCAUUGAACCUACCGCAGGGAUCUACGACAACGUUCUUGAGUACCUCCGCGCAGGUCAGGCUGAGGAGGCAGUAGAUUUGCUAGAGAAGCAUGGGUACGGCCUUCAAGCCACUAUGUUAGCAGGAGCCAUAGUAUCCCACGUUUUUGUAGGCGACGCUGCCGGAGCCUCGUCGCGGAAAUAUGUUGGGAUCGCCGGUAACCUAUCCUUUGUUGAGUGGAUGAAGAAGGCACAGGCUUACUCCAAUGACAGCCGGACACCCAUGAACGAGCGUGCAAUUUUUGGGCUACUAAGUGGGAACCCGUCCUAUUACUUAAGUAUGCGUAAGACCAAGAGUCCUGAGAGCGCUCUGUGGGCCGAGUCCCGGGCCUCACUCAUGAAUUUCAUUUUGGCUGCUUGUGAGGGAGGUGAAGAUCCACAGCUCAAUCAGAAGGCAGACUCUCAGCUGGCCGAACUGCUCAGACACUUGCCCGAAGAAGAGCGUCUAAUAGCCUCCUGCGACUUCCUUGGUCUGGCUGCACAUCUCUCGAACCGUUGUGUCUCUAUCCGUGACGGUGCAGCUUCUCCUGCAGACUUUAUUGCCCUGAGUAACCUAUGUCUCCUUGCCUUGCACGUCCUUGCUAGCUUGAUAGCCGUCUUGAACUCUAUUGCCAACCGAGGCACGCCUGGCAUGUACGUCCGGUCAUCUAGUGGAGCAGAGUGCAUCACCAAGCUCCGCUCCGUUGUGGGAUGGUACGGUCAAUUUGCUCUCAAGCUGUGUAAUAACGAACGAAUAGUUAACACAUCGGGGCCUAUCAGUAGUGACGUCAUUCGUGCAUCGUCCCUCGUCCUGCUUAUCUCUGCUCACUUAGCUCCUGCAGAGUCUGUGGACCUCCUGGCGAGCUUCGUUGCCCUGCUGGAUGACUCCCACUCUACUGCAAUUGAUCUCUGUGUAAUGGCUCUCGAGGCAACUGCAAGCCAUGAAGUCAUCAAUAGCAUUCAGCUCGCGCAACUGGUGAAGGAUUUACGACUUACUGCAAUUAAGCGAUUAAAUCAGCUUGCUAAUGAGACCACUAUCCAUCCCCUUCGGUUGUUAGGAUGCUCCCAGAUAGCCAUAUCUGGUCGCAUGCCCCUCGGGCACUUGCUUGUCUACUCUGUGCACGCCUUUCUGAUUCGCCGAUUCUUCAUGUUUGAGCAGUACACUGUGGCGUUGAAGGCUGCAGAAGCCGUCUCAAUCUAUGCCCAGGCGAAGGGCCUGUUUCAAUCCAGUCAAGGCACAACUGAAAGCGUGCAGUUCUCUGAGGACGACGGAACCGUUUUAUAUCAGCUGCAUUCGGAGUGCACGUGCUUACUCAGUGCUCUAAAGGGUGUCUAUUGUAGCAGGUGGACUGAAAUAUCCCGAGACGCACCUCUUUCUCUUGUCGAGUUUCCCGCUGCUCAGGAUGUGUGCACAGACGCUUGCGCAGACACAGAGCAGCACCUCCUGGACACCCUAGAGUUCAUCAACAACGGACAGCUGAACAACUAUGAUGCUAACGGUCGAUAUUCCAAGAGAAUGGCCCAGCUUGAAGAACAAUUUACAGACGGAAUAGAAACUAAUGGAAUUAAAAUAGAUAGAUUCAUGUCCUUACGCAGUAUAGAAACUACUGUGACAAAUCAAUGCUGCCUUAAAUACUGUGAGCUCAUGUUUAGAAUGGGUUCUCUAUAUGCUAAUUCAGGCCACAUGGACGAAGCUCGCCUCUACUAUGACAAGCUGGGGGAGUUUGUUGUGUGGAUUGUCGCUAAAGAUAAUGUGACGGGCUCUGUCCUUGCAGACUUCUUAAAGAGGCCCGUUAUCAAGGAUAUGCUAGGGUACAUAUCUAAGGGCAUCCUCUGUGUGGAGCCUAUGAUGCUUAAAGAGGAGUAG